CUUGAAAAGUCAAAACAGAACAAAAGGAGAAAGCCUUUUAUAAGAACUCAUUUUACACAUUCAAAUCAUCAAAAAGUGAAUUGUAAUCCUACACUUCAUCUUUACACAUCAUCAAUCAAAUUCUUCAAGAAAUUACUUAAUUUCCUGAUCGUUUCACUUUAUACAACAUUUUUUUAGUUUUUUCUUAUUUUAACUCGUUUCAAGUCAAAAGUUUCAGAAUGUCAGAUCCUAUUAACUUGUCUCAACUGGGCAUAGAUCAUACAACUCCAAUGGUACUCGAAAUGAAAUUCGAACCAUUUAGUUUUCUUAAAUUCAUUUCUUUAUUACUUGUUUUCCUUUUCAUUCCAUUCUUAUCAUUAGCUAAAUUAUUCACUCCUACUCCUACUCGCCAAUCGUCUCGUCGAAGGUCUUUUCCAGUUGACUAUGUAAGAAAUUUAACCGAUAAACCUUUUGUGCCUCUCAAAACUCGUCGUCAUUUUCGAAUCUCUCAUAUCGGUAAUCAACCUCGAUCUCGAAUCUCAAACAACUUAUCAGGAAAUAGUAGUGAUUCAGAAACCGAAUCAUGUGACGAAACUCUUCAAUAUAAAUUAGUAUGGGGUAAAAGAAGACGAGGAGAAGAGAGUGAAUUUACGGGACAAAGUGCCAUGAAAGGCGGUCGAGAACGAGAACGAGAAAGAAGACGACAACUAGCACUUCAAGCCAUCAAAUCUGAACUGACUUCUCCUCCUCCUUCACCGAUCAUCAACAAAUCAAGAUCAGUGACCAUCUCGACCAUACCGAUGCCUAGAACAUCCAUGCCUUUCUUAGCUUGGACUUCACCUGCUUCUGAUCUCUUUGCAUUACCUCUUCCAACCUAUUCGAAUUCAAACUCUACAGCUUUGUUUCGUUCAACUUCUUUCAACUUAUCAAAAUCUUCACAUCUCUCUCGUCACUUGAACUCGGCUUCUCCUCCUCUCGUUAAUUCACUUGUUAGACAAUCUAAACGAUUCUCUGGUUCUGGUCCUCAUUAAAUCAUUUUUUUUUUCGAUGCUCAUCUUAUUAUCUUUAUCUUUUCAAUUCUUUAUCUCUUAGAGUCGGGUUUUAUUUUUUAUUCUUUGGUCGUGGUGAUUAUACUUGGUCGACAUUCAUUAUCAAGCCUUUUUCCAGGCUAUCUAUAUAUCUUUUUAAGCAGACAUUUGAUAAGUUUUCAUUACUGUGAUAAUUAUUACUAAUAGCUCCUAGCAGAGCAUUUCAAAUUUAAGAUUAUUUUAACAUUUUUCUUUUCUAUACACUUCAAUCCUUUUUUAUUUUGGUUUUGUUUUUAUCAGACGUUCAUUUUUUUGUAAUUUUGUUGUUAUUGACAUUACAUUUUUUUACUAGCUUGUGUUCUUGGGACAAUUGAUUCCAAAAUGACUACAUGCUGAUUUAAAUUCUCACCAGAACUUGCUCAAGC